UUGGCCUAGGCAGCCGGGUGGAGGGGAGGUGGAUCCCCGGAGCUAUAAAGCCUUUCUCUGCCCUUGGGAGCUGGUGAGGACCUCCCUCCAGAGCCUGCGUUCCAGCUCUCCUGACGCCAUGGGCACCCGAUACCUCCUGGCUCUGUUUCUCAUCCUCCUGGUAUUGGGAUUUGAGGUCCAGGGGGCCCCUACGCCCCAGCAAGAUGAGGCCGCCAGCGCCACGCUGUUCUCCCAGAUGCAGGAAUCACUUCUUGGUUACUGGGAUACAGCCAAAAACGCCGCCCAGGACCUGUACAUGAUGACCUACCUGCCCUCCAUGGAUAAGAAGAUCAGGGAGGUGUACAGCGAAAGCACGGCAGCUGUGAGCACUUACGCAGGGAUUUUUACUGAUCAGGUCCUUCACAUGCUGAAGGGAGGAGAGUAACAGCUGGGCCCCAAUCACAGGAGAGGGCAUCCUCCAGGCCCCAGCAACCCCUCGGCUCCCUGACCACCCCCACCCUCCUACUUCCUAGCAGCUCUCAGCAUUCUGCUCUCAACUUUCGCCUGAUUUCUUAUCAAUAAAAAGAAAAAAGCCAAGUGUA